AUGCCCUUGAUAACAAAACAGCUGCACCACAAAACCCAAAACACUGUGCAGUGUGCGCACAGCUGCUAGCUAAAGAAGCGCAGGCAAGACAGAGACACGGCCUUGCGUCUGUGAAAUAUUCUUAACAUUUAGCUUUUAGACCGAUAUGGUAACACAGUUAGUUGUUCUCAGGCGAUUUUAGAUCAGUUUGUGGCGGAAGUGGAGUGGGGUUCGGGUUGGAUUUUAGUGAAGACUUGACCUCAAGUAGUUUCAGUAGGAAGAAGAGGGCAGUUUGAUGCAUAUGUCAUCAAAGCCAGAAGCACCAUGAGUGCAGAGAUGGAUGCACUGACCGUGGUGAACCAGCUACGAGAUCUUGCUGCAGACCCUCUUAAUCGACGGGCCAUAGUUGAGGACCAAGGCUGUUUGCCAGGGCUGAUCCUUUUUUUUGACCACCCAAAUCCACAGGUCGUCUAUUCCGCAUUAUUGGCCGUGCGUUACCUGGCAGAAUGUCGAGCCAACAGGGAGAAGAUGAAGAGCGAGCUGGGCAUGAUGCUGAGUUUGCAGAAUGUCAUGCAAAAAAGUACAUCUCCUGGGGAGACCAAACUGCUGGCCUCUGAGAUCUACGAGAUUCUGCAGUCGGCCGGUAAAGAAGAAGCCGAACAGGCCGAGGCAGCCGCUGCCUCCUGCCGGCGUAAAGCCCAUUUCUUCCUCGGCUCGAACAACAAGAGGGCCAAAACUGUAGUGCUGCACAUUGAUGGACUGGAUGACUCCCAGGCUCGAAGAGGUCUGUGUGAGGAGGCUUUGUUAAAGAUACGAGGAGUCAUCAGUUUCACGUUUCAGAUGGCUGUAAAGCGAUGUGUUGUCAGGAUCCGUUCUGAUCUUAAAGCAGAGGCGUUGGGAACUGCAAUCAACUCCACCAAAGUGAUGAAGGCGCAGCAGGUGAUGAAGACAGACGAUGGAGGAGAGAUGAUUGUGCCAUUCCAAGAAGACACAGCAGUGCUAGUAGAGGAAAACACAGACAUCCCAGACUACCUUCCUGAAGACGAGAGUCCGUCCCAGGAGCAGGACAAGGCCGUCACACGCAUAGGAUCUAUCACGGAUGGCAUGGGCUGGCUCAGCACAGCCGCCAACUUCCUGUCACGCUCGUUUUACUGGUGACAGCCUAUGCAUUUUCUGUCUUCUCCCUAUAAUAUCAAGGUACUAUCCAGCUGCAGGCAUAGCAUCUCUUACUCUUGACCCACGCUGAGCUCUGCCUCACUAGCCUAGAUCUCCUCUGUAGAGCAAACAGACCUCGCCCAGAGGUGUGCAACACGUGCUGGACUGCCGACUCGAAGCUGCACUAACUUUAUGUUUAUGCUCACACUACUGGCUGUGCGCGAACAAUAAACUAGCAUAAUAUGCAUCUAAACAACAUAUUCAAAGAACUAUAAAUCAAACAGAAACAAACAGCUUUGAGAAGCAGACAUGUUGUCACAGACAAAGUAAAACGCAGGUGAUUUAAUUUUAUGUUCAUAAUUUGGUUGCUUGCAUCUCCUCUUUCCUGAAUUUUUUUUAGGUAAAGUGUUCAAUUCUUUAAAAUUUUAAAAUUCUUCACUUUGUCUUUCUUUUUUUAACAACUGUUACAUUUUCGUGCCAAUCCUGCCUCCUGCCUACAUCUGUAAUGUGUGUGUUUGCCUUCGUGACAUUUGGUUGUAAUUAUUUAUUCAUCAUCUAUUCAAGCAUGUGUGAUCAUUGUUGCAUUUUAGUUUUAGCUCUCUUAGAAACAUCACUUUAGUCCAAGGAAGAGUUGGAAAUAAUGCAGCUUGUUUCAUUAUUAGUCGUCUUCCAAGCAUUUUAGACUGAAAUGCGAUCUGAAGGAGCAGCGAACGAGACUGAAUGAUAGCAAAUGCGUCCAUGUAUUGAGCGGUUUCUGUCCAAAACCUGAGCUAAUGUGUUUGUGUAAAGAUGCAGGAAAGGCUCAAUGGGAACUCUUUGAACAGACUGGGAGCUCUUUGUGUGAGUUGCACAGAACUUAGGCUACCUCUGCAUUCAGCUUCCUGUCUCACAACAGCAUCGCGCGUUCUGUAAUACAAGUAAAACCCCAGAUCGGCAUGAAAAAAAAACCUUUUAUCUGCUUGCUUGUCAACGAUUCCCUGUGUUUUAUGUGGAAAUCCACAAAUUGAUUUAUUUUUUAUUUUGGCAACGUUGUAGUUCUUUUUUCAUUCUCAAUUGAGCCAGCAGUGUCCUUAAAGCAGAGAUCACGUUGGAGCAAACUCGGACAUUCUGAGGUUGAAUCACUAAUGCUGUCCUCUGAGCUGGAGGGGGGUGGUGGUGGCUGUUUUUACAAAAAUUGGUACCUCAUUCCCUUAAUUCUCAAAUCUGAUAUGUGAAGGUUGUUCUUUAAUUUAAAAAUGAGUGUUAGGGAUUCCCAUUUAUGAUUUAAGUCCCAAAAUAUGAUAGCAGCAAAGGCUUUUAUAGCGAGGAUUUUCCUGAUUCUCCAGGUCUUACAACCUCGUGAAUCAGUUUAAUCAUUCUGACGUGUGUCUUUAAUGGUUUUUGCACACAGUGCUGACCAGGUCACUUUUGUUCUUUCAUGGUGCAGAUGUGUCACAUUGUGUUGGAGUCAAACAGAAAUGGCACAGAAAGGCCCAAACGGGCGGCGGCGGUCGUCCUGUGAAAAAGCAAUACAUAUAUUUUUUUCCCCCGUUUAUUGUAGCCCUUGUGGCUCAGCAACAGCCAGAGGAACAAAGUGUUUCAAGUUCCACAGUUUUUAGUUGGGUGUGAAAAUGAUCAACAGUAUUACAGUAUGAACUCAUCCAUGUUUUGCAGUAAGUUUCUGUGUUGCACCGUUUGUUUUCCUGUAUUUUUAUUUUUUUUCUCAUAGCUCAAAGACUUACUUGAAGAUUGCUCUGAAUUUUCUUUUUAUGUUUAUAAUUGACCACCAGAUGACAAAAAAGACAAAGACUUAAAAAAAAAUCCCUUUUUUGUGUACAGCAGUUGUAAAAAAUAAUGUGUGCAUAAUUUAAAAGUGUAGAUUUCCCAUACACUGUUAAUGCAAAAAAAUAAAAAAAAGCAUAAUUGGUCGUUUGAUUAA